CUGCUGCUUGCGCCGCGGGCAUUUGCGCGAGGUCCCUCGGUGAAAGCGCCCGGAUCCCACGAUGGCGGCCCAGGCGCUCCGCCCGCUUCGAGCGUGCCUCUUCUUCCCUACGCUCCUGCUGCUGCUGCUGCCCGCCGCUUGCUACGGCUCGCAGUGGGCCUCCUGGUGCCCUGAGCCGUGCGUCUGCGAGGUGCGCCCAUGGUUCACCCCGCAGUCCACCUACCGGGAGGCCCCCACCGUCGACUGCAAUGACCAGCACCUGACAGGCAUCCCCCCCGCCAUCGUGGCCACCACCGAGGUCCUUCUACUCCAGGGGAAUUCCAUUGCCGUCGUGCCCGACCCGAUAUUGUCGUCCCUCCUGAACCUCACCGACCUCGACUUCUCGCAGAAUAAUUUCAGCUCUGUCCUGGACACGGGGCUGUCCAACCUGACCCAGCUCGUGACCCUCCACCUGGAGGAAAACCACGUCACCGAGCUGCCCGACGGCUGCCUCAAGGACCUCGCGAAUCUUCAGGAGCUCUACCUGAACCACAAUCAGAUCCGCACCGUGGCGCCGGGAGCGUUCCGGGGCCUCUCCAGCCUCCUCCGCCUCCACCUCAACUCCAACCAGCUGAGGAGCAUUGACGCGCGCUGGUUCGCGCACACGCCCGGUCUCGAGAUCCUCAUGAUCGGGGAGAACCCCGUGUCCGGCAUCGUCGACUUCAACUUCCGGCCGCUGGCGAAUCUGCGGAGCCUGGUCUUGGCCGGGAUGGGCCUGUCGGUGCUGCCCAGCGAGGCCAUGGUGGGCCUGGACAACCUGGAGAGUCUCUCCUUCUACGACAACCAGCUGGAGCGCGUGCCCCGUGUGGCGCUGCAGAGGGUGCCCACGCUCAAGUUCCUCGACCUCAACAAAAACCCGAUCCGGCACAUCAGCGACGGCGACUUCCGCGACAUGCUGCGGCUCAAGGAGUUGGGCGUCAGCAGCAUGGCCGAGCCGGUCUCGGUCGAGAGGUUCGCCCUGGACAACCUGCCCGAGCUGACAAAGGUGGAGGCGACGAACAACCCCAAGCUGGGCUACGUCCACCGCGAGGCCUUCCGUGACGUGCCCAAGCUGGAGAGCCUCAUGCUCAACGACAACGCGCUGACCGCCCUCUACUUCGCCACCGUGCACUCGCUGCCCAGCCUGCGGGAGGUGAGCCUCCACGGCAACCCGCUGCGCUGCGACUGCGUCAGCCGGUGGCUGGGCGCCAACCAGACGGCAGUGCGCUUCCUCGAGCCGGAGUCGAUGCGCUGCGCGUCGCUGUCCGACGCCGAGGGGCGCGACGCGCGGGAGGCGGCGUCCCUCGGCGGGGCCCUCGCCGAGGCUUGCCUGCCGCUCAUUGCGCCGGCCGCCCUGCCCUCGAAGCUCGAGCUGCAGCCGCACGCGAGCGCCACGCUGGAGUGCAGCGCCGUCGGAGAGCCCGAGCCCGCCAUCUACUGGGUGACGCCACGCGGGGACAGGGUGGCCGCCGACUCCGCCCGCCGGUACCGCGUGGAGCUCGAGGGGCGGCUGGUGAUCUCGGACGCGCGGGGCGAUGACACGGGCCUGUACACGUGCGUGGCGCACAACUCGGAGGGCGCGGACACGCGCGGCGUGACGCUGCGCGUGACGGGCGGGCCGGCGGGCCCCGGCGGGGUGGAGGCACGCGGGCUGACGCUCGCCGUGAAGGGUGUCGACGCACGCUCGGUGCUCGUCGUGUGGCAGGUGAACCCAGACACGCUGACGUCGUCGGACGUCAAGUGGUCGUCGGCCACCGUCAAGGUGGAGAGCUCGCGGGCGUCCUACACGGCGCACGUGCCCGUGGGCGUGCGCGAGUACAACCUGACGCACCUGCAGCCCGCCACCGCCUACGCCGUGUGCCUGGCCAUCGCCACGGCCCAGCAACGCGCCGCUUGCCGCUCCUGCGUCAACGUGACGACGCGCUCGGCGCCCCUCCUGGUGAGCCCCGCCGAGAGGCAGGUGAACGUCGCCACGGCCGCCGCCGCCGCCUCCGUCUUCGCGGCGCUCACCCUGGCGUCGCUCGCCGCCUGCGCCGUCAGGCGGCUCAGGCGGAGGUCCUACGACGAGUUGCUGAAGCAGUACGUGCAGAAGGGCUCCUCCAUCCCGCUCGACGAGCUCUACCCGCCGCUCAUCGGCCUGUGGGAGGCGGAGGGCGGCGAGCGGGAGAAGGAGGGCGCGGAGGGGAAGGCGUCCGCCUCCUCGUCCGCCCCGUCACAGGUGGACACCUCGCGCAGCUACUACAUGUGGUAG